UGGACCUAUCAAAAUACUUGAAAAUUUUAUACAAAGUUCCUCAUAUGUUAUUCUUAUAGUGAUUAAAAAAUUAUAAGAAUACAUAGGCACAAUUUUUUUUUAUUAGCAUUUGAAGUUCAAAUUUUGACGAAAAUUCGUCAAAAUUAUGAAUAUUUGCAAAUUAUUUUGUAGGUAUAAUUCAUAAAAAUGUUUGUAUAGGUAGCUAAGAGUUGAAAAUUUAAUACAAGAUUUUUCAUAAGUUUAGCUUACAAUAAUUAUAAAAGAACUUAAAUUUUGGUGUAUUCAGGCCAUUAAAACAUAAACCACCUUUUUCACCAACCACUGGAAAUUAUAUCCUAGGCUGACAAAUCAUCUUCGUUCAGAAUCAUUUUUCGUAUACAAUGAUACCUAUCAUUGCAUUCAAAUUUAACCUACCCUAGUCCGAGGUCCACCCCACCCCCUAAUGUACAGUAGAACGGUACCCACUUGCCCGCUUUUUGACGAAUGCUGAUAUUGAUGUAGAUUAAUUUUUAUUUUAUCUAUUUAAAUUUUAAACGAUUUUGUUAUCAUAGAUACAAUUGUAACAACGACAACCAGUUCAACUUUAUCCUUAACUAUAAAUAAUAUUCUAAAAAAAUACCAAGAUGUUGAGAUGGUUUUAAAGUUUUAUGAAUUAAAACAUUAUUUAAAUGGCGCUAUGAGAAACAAAUUGGUAGCUGUAAUAAUAAAAGACCAAAUUCAAAACAAUGAGAAUUUAAAUAGGACAAGAUUUAUUGAAUUAGCCAAGGGAAUUGAAGAAUUAUUUCCAUCUGAAACCGAAGAGUUGUACUUUAUACCCUAUUGUAAAGAGGGAAAUAUUAUUAGUCCUAAUAGGAGAAAACUGUAUGAUAAAUUCUGUAAUAUAAAAAAAGAAAUUACAAAAAUAAGUGGUACGAAAAGGAAACAUAUUAACAUUUGGAUUGUAAUGACUAUUGUAUAUACAGUUGUUUGUACCAAAGAUUAUGAAGACUCAUUAAUAUGGCUACGAAACAAUGUUGGACCAGACAAUAUUCUACAUAAUUUAUGGAAAGAAACAUCAGGAUAUCGGUUAAAAGACAGAAAUAUUAAUAUGAUGACAACAUAUUUAGGUCUGAGCAAACCCACUGGACAUAUUUUGAAUUUCAAUGAUUUGAAAACUGUAUUUUCAAAUAAGGUUGACAAGGCAUUUUCAUUGGGCUUGAUGGUACAACCAUUUGUUGUUUAUGUUGGUGAUGGCUGCAGUUUUAAUGAAAAAUCAUCUAAUGCUCCAUUUUCAUUCUACACAAUUAUAAACGAGACUCAUUUCAAAGUGGAAACUAUUUUGAAGGCGUUUGAUGUCUGCUUCAAAAGCUUUCAUACGCUAAAUCUUAAGUAUCCAUUUGAAGCAGAACAAAUUUGGCGAUUUAUGCAAGUAUAUUUUUACGAAAUACCAGAAAGUAGGGUUGAAAAAAAGUUCUUAAGUGUUAAAAGUCUCAUUAAAGAUUUAAAUAAUUUAUAAAUGUUAGGUAUUAUAUCUAUUUCACUAUAUUUAAAUUUUAUAUUCAUUUUAUUAAAUUAGUAUUAAAUAUGUUCAAUUGUUUUUUGUGUGAAAGUCAAUUUGGCUAUCAAGUCACUUAUUAAUUCAUUUAAAUAUAUUUCAUAAUUUCAAAGGUAUUAAAGAAUUUAAAUGUAAACAACCCAAUUGUUUCCGAAUUUUUGGAUCUUUAGAUUCACUUAAAAAACAUAUUAAUAAUCAUCCACUUAUUCCUAUUAAAAAUAAUACUAUAAUUGACAAAGAAAUUAAUGUUGAUAAUGAUCCUCUUAUCUUAACCAAUAGCACGUUACCGUGUAAUUUUAGUGUAGUACCUGAACCGACUGAACUGUUAGAAGAAAUUGAUCCCUCUUUUUCUUCACUAGACUCAUUAAAUGAAAAAAAAAUACAAAUGAAUGUUAUAAAUUUAGUUUCAAAGUGGUAUAGUAAUAGUGCAAUACCUAGGAACAUGGUUCAGACACUUCUUGAUGAUGUGCAACAUUUUAAUAACUCUAUUUUAAUUGAUGUAAAAGCUAAAAUAAAUAGUAUUGUUAAUAAUCCAAAUCCCGAGAAUAUUGUUACAGACUUGUCUCUAGUUUUAAAUACGCUUGAAACCUUAUCAGACCCUUUUGAUAAUUUAAAAACUGAAUAUUUUCGUUUGCAAGCUUUGGAAGAUUUGGGGUUACUAAUACGACCUAAGGAAAUCGUAA